GUUUCUUGCUUCCACUUUCUCGCCCUCAACUCUUUUCAAUAUCCUCUCACCAUCCACGCCACUUUUCUGACAUAUUCUUUGGUCAUUGCAUCCAGCUUCAUUCUGUCUAGCGAAUGCUCAACCAGUCUUUCUAUCUAUCCUCCACGAUUCCCCUCUACACACCACUUUUCACCACGCCAAUUCCCCUUGCCCCGCGACGCCAGUCCUCGUCUGCGCCCACAAUCUCUCCUGCGCGACCUCUACAACUCCUUCCCAGAAAGACAGUCGACCAGCUUGAUAUAUUGUAUUCUUCUAUUUACACGCCUCUCAUACAAGACACGUCUCCCCUGCUCUCCCUCUCUUCACCCCAGUCUCUUCAUGUGUUGGCGCCAAAGCUCUCCACCACCACCGAGCAUGCCACUGUGACCUCCGCGCAUCGUCCUUUCUCGCCAAGACCACUCUCCUCGACCACCUCAUUACCCUCGUACCCCAACUUCGCACCCUGAAAAUCAAGCUUGAAACAAAACCAUGGAUUCUGCUGUCGAUUCUCUCCUAGCUCUCUCCAAUACUGCUGCCGCUAUUGCCGCGCAGGACGAUCCUGCCUCUGACGACGAUAGAUCAAGCAGCUUGAGUGAGCUAGACGAUAACCUCGAUGGUGAUUCUCAAGAUGAAGAAGAUGACAUAGACCCCACAAGACCAGUCGGUCACGAGUCCGAAGCCGAAACUGAACGUCUUCAAGUGACUCCUGACAACCUCCAAAGGAAAAAACCUGUCGAAAUUAGUCCCUCCAAGUUGGCACAUUCACAAGAUGUCGACAUGCGCCCAGAGAUCGAAAGCUUGACCGAAAGCCCUCCUUCCUCUCCCCGAUCCUCCCAUCCUGACUCCGACAUUGAAAGUGCCCUGAGUGACGCUCCCGACGGCGAUGACGACGAGAAUGAGCCUGCCCCAGAAGUAGAAAAAGCGGAGAACCUCUCCUCUCCUAACAAACGAAAGCGACAAGAGUCUGAGUCGGACCCUGAACAUCUUCGUCGAUCUCAAAGGCGUCGAACAGGCUCGAUCGACUCGGAUGAGGAAAAGUCAGAGCCUGAAUCGGAGAUUGAGGACUCGCGCCAACCAAGCCGUGAAGCAAGCGCAGAACCACCGCAACCCGAAGUGGCUGGUGACGACCCUCCAGAUCACGAGGAAGAGCCCGAAGAUCCACCUGACGAUGAGCAAAAAGAGCCUGAAAAGGACGAAUCGAGUGAAGAUUCCAAGGGCAAGACCAGGACUCGAGCCAAACGACGAGGCCAACCCGCCGUUCAAGACCCGCAGCCUACCGAAGAGGAGGAAGGCGACGGCGAAGUAGCCGAGGAGAGCGACACCGAAGAAAAUGACGUGGAUGCCCACGCUAAGAGCGAGGAAGAGCAAGCAAAUCGAGUAGCGGCCAUGGAUGCCCUUAUUGGUUUGGAAAAACACUUUGCACAGCUACGGGAUCGCCUGUAUGAUGAACGGAUUGCUGCCAUCAAUCAUGAACUCGCCUUGUUACAGGCCAGCAAACCGUGUCAUCCAGAACUCCUCCGUCAACUCCAAGUCGUUCAAAAGUACAGAGAUGACAAGUUUGAGGUCGAACAAAAACUCUUGGUAUACAAGAUUGGAGCUUUGAAGAACAAAAGUGUUGCAGAGCGCAGUCAGACCCAGAGCGCAUACUUUCAGACCAUCCGAGACGUCAGAGAAAAGUAUCUGGAGAAGAUCAGCGAACACUUUUAUCGCAUUCAGCGAGACAGAUUCAAGGCCGAUUCGACCAUACCAAACUUUACCAUUCCUUUCCCUACCCGACGAUCACAACAAAUCCUUCAACAGACAGCCUACAAUAAAGAAGUCUCCAUUCUUUCCGGCGUUGCCAAGUAUGUUGGAUUUCCCGCCGCCCCAGAAUUGGCGCCCUCGAAACAGAAGGACAUCGAGGAUGACAUUCAAAAGAUGGGAAUCUCACUCCCGCAAGUUCGACCUGUACGCCCAACUCAGCGGCCCAUGCAAAGUAACACAUCUCAAAUGUCGGCGCCGCAAGCUGAAGAACAAUUUCUGGAGCAAACACCGUGGGCGAACCCACAACAUCCCAUUCACCGGCUAGCGAGUCAACGCCAAUCUUCGAAUCGAUCGCCCUUCAACACUGAUGUGUUUGUCACUCCGGCCAACCAACAAAGGACCACUGACAAUCUUCAAACGCAAGGAUCUGCUUCCACCAUACCAGAUCCAUCAGCUCAACUUUCAUCGUUAGCCAACACUCCCCAAGAGGGUAUUUCAAGCACGACCAAGCUAGAACAGCAAGGCUCCAGUGUACACAAUUACCGCCUUCAUUCGGCAUCACCUCUCGACCGAAGAGCGGUUCCACCAUUCCACGAUCGACAUGAUGUCGACAAUAGUCAGUCCGGGCCGGCGCCAAAAGAACACAUUCGCGACUUGCCUUCAUCACCACUCAACGCACGUGCUAAUGUGAACGUGGCUACAUCCCCUCCCCGAGCACACAAUGCCAGGCCAGAAAAAGUGACUCGAAUGGCGAAUAACGAGAGCCCAUUUCUUCACAAAGACACGGGUAUCACCACAGGCGGGUUAGGUGGAUUUGCUGCAGUCACGGGGCGAUUCAGUGUGAGAUGAAGCGGACCGAACUCCGGGCACCCGGCUGAGAACUCUUGAGCGAUUCGGCAGAGAACGCUACGACUGACUAUACGCAUUCUGGAUUGGAGUUGUAAUUGAUGUCUAUCUAUACAUACAUGGAUCAUGGUGUUUUAAUGACAAUCUCUUCUUCAUGGGUGGAUUAUGGUGGCGAUGGAUAUUAUUAUACAUAAUGAAGGCCUAACUGUCUGUCUAUCAGUCACUGUUGUGUUCAAAGGAUGAUGUAGAAUGUACAAUGUCAUCGAAAAGAUGUGGGUCUUGUUCGAUAGGGAUCUUGUAAUCUUGACCCUCAUAUUCCAAUAUCCACAGAGUAGA